AUACAUAUGUGGCGUCUCUGGCAUAUGUUAUUUCAUUUUAAUACUGCAUGAUCACUAAACAAUAAUUUAUUGCCUAUCAACUGUCCGCUUUGUUUAUUCGAAGAGAAAUGAGUAGUUUCGGUGUGGGGGUGUAUUUUUUGACGGUGUUAUGGUUCGUGACGUUGAUGCUGUGCUGGGUAUCAGUGCGUACAGGACAUAGUAUUGGGAAAAUAUCUUUGAUUGUAACUUUCGUUCUGACAGUGGUUUUGGUAUGUUUGCCAAAAGGCGAGUCGUAUAAUUUGGACAGUGCCAAUUUUUACGACAAGUUGUACAUUCCUCGGUACGUUAUCCUUGGAGUCUUGUCAGUCAGUUGGGCGGUUGGGGCCGGGUUUUGUUUUGUUCACGUUUGUCUCGCGCCUGUCGAGACACACAAACUUAGGAGUUUCGGUUCUGUAAAUUAGUUUGCUUUGUCAAAAUGUCGAAUGCAAUAAUACUCUGCCAGAGUUUACGAUCACCGAUCAGAAGGUUGGCUAACCUGAAGCGGGCGAGACCAAUAACAACGUCAGUUGUGCACAAUGAGACUAUAUUAGUUAAAAAUAACGAUGAAUUUGUACAUAAGGUGAUGAACAACGACAAGCCGGUGAUAGUGAACUUCCACGCGGACUGGUGCGAGCCCUGCAAGAUCCUGACGCCGAAGCUGAAGGAGCUGAUCGAGCCGCACGAGAACCUCGACCUGGCUGUGGUGGAUGUGGAGGAUAAUGCUGAUCUCGUGCAUACGUUUGAGGUCAAAGCAGUCCCGGCAGUGAUAGCAAUAAAAAAUGGUAUAAUAAUAGACAAAUUUAUCGGACUAGUCGACGCAGACAUGAUCACAGGACUCAUAGACAGAAUGGCGGGCAAAAAGAAGGAGAGCACGUAAAUACCGUAGAUAAUAGAGUUAUUUAGAGAUGUCAGUGUGUGAUAGAUCUUGGAAUAGUUAAAAGGAGGCGCAAUGCGUAUUCGUAAGUUUUUUUUUGGGUUCGGUUGGCAGCUCUUGCCGUGUUUGAGGUUUUAUGUUGGGUAGCUAUAAAAGUGAGAGGCUAAGGAAAUGUUUUAACUAUAAGCUAUCUGCAGCUAAUGUAAGGAAAAUAUAUUGAAAAGUGAAAUAUUCUAACAAAGGAAUGGCAAAAUUCAGUUUUCUUUUAUUGAAUAUUUUUGCUCAAUUUUAUUGAUGAAAAGGAUUUUAAGAGCGAAAAGCUAAUGUAUAACAUAUGAAAAUGUUUGUGUAAUGAUUUCUCUUGCCUCGGAGGUGAAAAAGGUUGUCAAAAAUAUCAAAUCACAACCAGAAAAUAAUGUUUUUCAUUUACAAGAAAAAAUUUACAUCACAUGGUUUAAUAAUUUGUAAGUACUUUUAUCAAUAGUAUUAUCAUUUAGGGACAACUAAUUUAUAUUUUAUUUAAGUAUUGAUUUAUUCAGAUAAUCACGAGCUGACAUCUCAACUGUAUAUAAUCUAAUAAAUUCUUAGUUAAAACAAUUUAUACGUAAUUUUGCAUACUAUAUGUUGUUUUUAGAAGCAAUAAAAUAUAUAUUUUGUUUGGUGUUCUUUAGUUAUUAUAAUGUUUGUAUUCGUGAGCUGAACUAUAUUUAAAACCACCUUAAGGAAGAAGGUGUUUUCAUGCGACUGCGUGUUUUUUGGAACCUUCUGUCCUACUCUUAAAAGGCACAAAGAAAAGAGUUAAAUUAAAAAAAAAUGCAAUUCUCAAAAAAUGUAGAUAAAUCUUUUUGGGAAAAUUUUAAAUGUUGGUGAAAUGGCAGGAUUUUAUAAAAAAAGUAAUAAUUUUAAAAUGUUAAUUUCUUUUAAGAGUUUAUUUAUUUAAUAAAGUGUUGUGCAAAAGUCUUAUGCUAGCUAUUACUGUACACUAGACCGCGUGCAGUAGAAUGUGUGCUAAGAGAACGUCAUGAAUUGAUUUUGUUUGAUAAUAUUUAGGAGUUCACGAAUAUAUAGAAAAACGAAGAGCUUUCCUUGAUGUAUUUGUUGAAGUGAGACGGGGCACUAUGUGAAGUGAAACGGCUUUUCGCUUUCAAGUUCGACAUGUCGUGGUAGGCCCCAAGGGCUUAUUUUAAAAUUGGCAGCACUGUCUUCAUAAUCAAACUGUAGAUUGUAAUGUACAUGUUUUUUUCUUAUUGUAUAGUCCAGACGUGACCUGCUUAUGAUAUUAUACAAGGCCCUUAAGAUUAAGUCCACCUAUACACCUUUGGACCCUUUAUGAAUUGAUAAAACAUCAAGAAAAUAUUAAAAAUAUAUUAAGGUGCAAUUUUCACCCUUUUUCUAGGUGAUAGAGAAUAUAUUGAUAUAUUUUUAACUUAUGAACUAUCUUAAGGUUACAUGUUGUUGUUCCUAUGUUAGUUAUAUUUAUUAUCUGUAUUUGAGGUUGGUCCACAAUAUUGUACUUAAAAACAUAUUUUUUUUGGAGAUACGGUUUAUCUUGCCAUCAUAUACAAUAAUGUGUAUCAACCUUAUAAAUAAAAUAGUUCAAUGCAUAAACUAUGAUUGUAUUGUUUUAAGUUUUAACUACUUUUAACAUUGAUUUGCUUAUUUAAUUGUUUAUAAUAGGCCUAGUCUUUUCUGUCUGAUUUUGUUGUAAGUAUAAAAAUAUAUUUUUUCUAUGAAA